CUGUUAGUCUCUUAGUAGGUACGUUUUUGACAACAUCUGUCUGAGUCUGUCGGCAGGAAUGCGCAUCGCGUUCGAACCAUAGAAUGCGGUCGCUUUAGUGCGAGACGGAAACGCUUGUACGGCGGACAAAGUGAACCUAAUUGACGUGCCGUUUCUGUGGAAGUGAUUUUGGCGGUUUUGUGACCUCUGUGCCACUUUGGAUUAACGCUCGCUCAACUGGAUUAUUUUAUGGAAUAAUUGUCGAUCAUGUUCAAGACGGGUCCCCCGCCCCAGGGCGGGCAGAUCAAGUUCACCAUCGCGGACACGCUGGAGAGGAUAAAGGAGGAAUUCAAUUUUCUGCAGGCGCAGUACCACACGUUGAAAUUAGAAUGUGAAAAAUUAGCUAGCGAGAAGACGGAGAUGCAGAGGCAUUAUGUUAUGUAUUACGAAAUGUCCUAUGGCCUUAAUGUAGAAAUGCACAAACAGACUGAAAUAGCAAAACGCUUAAACGCAAUCAUCGCCCAAGUGCUGCCAUUCCUGGCCCAAGAACACCAGCAAUCGGUUGCGAGCGCAGUUGAGAGGGCCAAGCAAGUAACGAUGACAGAACUGAAUGCAAUCAUCGGGCAACAGCAACAACAAGGUCUUCAACAAUUGCUUCAACAGAUACACGCCCAGCAGCUACCACAUGGCGCUCACGGUCCAGCGUUACCAAUGGGGCCUCAUCCAGGACUACCGGGCAUGGGUCCCGCCGGCCUACUAGGAUUUGGCGGUGCAGCAGCGCUUGGAGCCAAUGUUCCCUCUCUACCCGGAGUGCCUCAUAGCUCGUCGUUAGGAGCUGGAGCCCAUCCUCUGCUCAAGCCUUCCGACCUACACGCCAGAGACGGGGUGGACAAGAGGCCCAGUUCGAACAACACCGAGGAUAGACUGAAUUCCGUAUCACCCGCAGAAAGAGAGAAAUAUAGACCAAGGUCGUCGCCUGAUCCAGAACAAGAUGUAAAAAGAAGGAGAGAAGAGAAAUUAGGACAUGAAAGCGAUGGAGAAAAAAGUGAUCAAGACUUAGUAGUGGACGUUGCUAAUGAGGAAACCUCGCCUCACACAAAUGGUGACCACGCAGCCCUUAGUAAUUCUGCGUCAGAUAUAAGAGAAAACGGCAGCACCAAUGGAGAUAAAGUUAAAAUCGAAAGACCGCCAAGUAGAAGUGGAUCUUCUUCUUCAAGGAGCACUCCUUCUCUCAAAGUCAAAGAUGAAAAACCCAUGACCCCUGGUUCGAAACCGCGUUCCACAACGCCAAACCUUGUCGGGCCCGGUCAGGGACCAGUGACGCCCAAGAUGGGUCCCAGCCAAUACCCGCCCUACCCCAUGGGAGUGAGGGCGCCCGAACACAUGGGCGGCCCUUACAACAACGUAGUUCCUGCAGGUUACGGCCGUCCGCCCAUGGCGUACGACGCCCAUCCGCACACCAGAGCCCCAGCGAUCACCAACGGCCUUGGAAGUAUGGCUGGCGGCAAACCGGCCUACUCCUUCCACAUGAACGGCGAGGGACAGCUGCAACCAGUCCCAUUUCCUGCUGACGCCUUACUAGGACCGGGAAUUCCUAGGCACGCGAGGCAGAUCAACACCCUGAACCACGGCGAGGUCGUGUGCGCCGUUACCAUCUCGAAUCCUACGAAAUAUGUAUAUACAGGUGGAAAGGGAUGCGUGAAGGUCUGGGACAUCAGUCAGCCGGCUUCGAAGAGUCCCGUGUCGCAAUUGGAUUGCUUGCAAAGAGACAAUUACAUCAGGUCCGUCAAGCUUCUACCGGACGGUAGGACCUUGAUAGUGGGCGGUGAAGCCAGCAACCUCUCCAUAUGGGACCUCGCCAGCCCAACCCCCAGGAUAAAAGCAGAACUGACCUCCAGUGCCCCGGCCUGUUACGCCCUAGCCAUAAGUCCAGACUCCAAAGUGUGCUUCAGUUGUUGUAGUGACGGCAACAUCGCGGUGUGGGACUUACAGAAUCAGACUCUAGUUAGACAAUUCCAAGGACACACGGACGGCGCGUCUUGCAUCGACAUCUCCUCGGACGGUACGAAACUGUGGACGGGCGGCCUCGACAAUACCGUGCGCAGUUGGGACUUGAGGGAGGGUAAACAGUUGCAACAGCACGACUUCAGCUCGCAGAUCUUCUCGCUGGGCUACUGUCCGAUGGGCGGCGAGUGGUUGGCCGUGGGAAUGGAGAAUUCCCACGUUGAGGUGUUGCACGCCAACAAGCCGGACAAGUAUCAGUUGCAUCUUCACGAAAGUUGCGUGCUCAGCUUGAAGUUUGCCGCUUGUGGAAAAUGGUUUGUUUCUACUGGAAAGGACAAUCUCUUGAACGCAUGGAGGACCCCCUACGGCGCCAGUAUAUUCCAGUCGAAGGAAUCUUCUAGCGUGCUAAGCUGCGAUAUCUCAAGUGAUGACAAGUAUAUUGUGACUGGAUCCGGUGACAAGAAAGCAACGGUUUAUGAGGUGAUAUACUGAAAACUCCUGACUUGGAUGAGGGGCCACGAGAAUUUUGACGCAACAAUGUACCUUAUAUAAAAGGAUAAUUGAUUUAAUGAAAUAGACACUUUUUGUAUUAUUUUGCACACAACUUAGAAAGAAUUUUGUAUAAAUAAUAUGUGUGUGAAGUGAUAAGUGAUAUAAGACCUCGAUUGUUGAAAGAUCAAUAAAGUACAUCAGAAACUGUAAAAUAUAUUGAACAUCUAAGUUUAAUUUCAAGGCCUUGACCCUAUUAUUAUUUAUGUUACUAUAUAUAAUUUUCGUUUUGAAGGCCGGUCAAUUUUCAAUGAAGCAACAUUUCUGAUUCGAUAUCAUAUUAAUAACAAACAAUGUUGAGAUCUCAGUGAAUUGAUGGAAAAUUCUAGAUAAUAACAACAUUGCUUGCAAACGAAUUUCCAUAACUAUUCCUUAGUUAUGUAAAUGUAUGUUCAAUGAUAUAUCUUCAGAAAUGCUGCUUCGGCUCAUAUUAUUUUGUUGAUAGAAUUCCGAAAAAACCGAUCACUUUGUGGUUGAAGUUAUUCUUCUGAGGAAGAACUAGAUUUGCGAAUAACUCGAAUAGUGAUUUUGAAAUUGUAAAUAGUCCACUUUUGUUGGAUGGUCACAUCCUACCUGUAAGAUAACGUUCGUUCAGAAAAACUGAACAAAAUACUAUUUUGCAACUUUCCUCCACCUUGAACCAAGAUGUACUUGACUAUUUUGUUAUUGUUCUUCUGUAACUUGUUAUGAUAUGUUUGUAUUAGAUGUCCUAUUCACAGGCUGCUACUUACCAACGAAUUUUAUUUUCUUGAUGUUUUAUAAAAUAAGAGACAGUAGAUAUUUUUCCUAUUAAAGUAUCAUUACGAGAGAAA